AAAACAAUUGCUUGGAGGAGGAUGUAGAAUGAUGGUGGUGGUGAUGAUGGUGAUGAUGAUGAUGGUGGUUGUUGUGUGGUGAUGGUGUUGAUGUCAUUGACACCGAAACGAAUCCUCGUGGAGCAGGGCAGCGGAAGGGAAUGGCUGAGGUCCGCGUGGUCCCAAGCGGGAAGGUGUAUCGACAGCUUUUUGAUGCCGAGGUGCAGCUGGUGCACUCUCUCGCCAGGGCAAGGCAACGCUGGGGCAGUCCAGGGGAGGGGCAGCUGCCCACCCACUUGGGGGGAUGGGCCCAUUUGGGGGGCUGGGCCCCCCGCAGCGAUGAGGCGGGCCCCCCUGGGACUCUGCCCGCCCGAGUGUGGAUGCUCGGCACUCCUCACCGCCUCCACAAACCGCCGGCGGCGUUCACACGGAAUGGUGAAUUGCUGCCGCAUGUGAGGGGGGCCGAGACUGAAGAUGAAAUUGCUGCGAGGGAAGUCAGAAACCUUGCCGAUGACGUGGUGGCGCAGAAGGUGGGGUCAGACGUGGUCCAGAGGGUGACCGAGCGACGUCGGUCGAAGCACGAGGCCGCCCUGCGCGACUUCUCCGUCGCGCUCGGGCAGAUCAACUCGGAUCUGGAGCGUCGCUACGAGGAGGCUGGGGAGAGGCUUCAUGGUGAUUUGUCCGCGAGCGACGCCGGCAUGGAAGAGCUGAUGUGCAGCGUGGAGGGCGAAGGGAAGCUUGCAUCGGUGUCAUUUCAGGAGCUGGAGGCGGCGUGGUCGGACGUAGAGAAGCGUUCGGAAUCGCGAGAGGCCCGGAUUCGCGACUUGGACGUUGCCUAUGGGAGGCUGGAGGAUGAGAGGGCGGACAAGAUCGGCCGGGCGCUGAGGACGUACGCUCAGCUGAUGGAGAGAAUUGCCUUCGUCCGGCCUGAAGAAGUCCAGCGCUUGAUGGACGGGGAGGCAAUGAUGCUGAAUCAGUCGCUGCUCGCGAACCGACGCGCGCUGUCGCGUCUCUCGCUGCACCUCUCCGAAUCGGGGCUGCAGCUGGAGGCUUCGCUCAGGCAGCGCUGGGAGGAGGCCCUGCGGAUGUGGAGAGGACUGAGACGGGCGGCCGUGACGAAGGAGUUCCGCGAGUUCAUGGAGCGCCACCAGCUGCGUAGUCCACCUGGGGCGGACGCUCUGGUCCAGGCGACGGCGGAUGGACAGAGGGAGCUGAACGAGCGACGGAUCCGGCUGAUCAACUCGCUAGAAGACCUGAAGCCGCCCAGCGUCACGGCGGAGGCGGUGAGCGCGUGGAGCUCAUCCCUGGAUGCCCUCAAUCGGCAGAUCGACGAGCUGAACGUGCGCCACGUGGAGGGGCUGCGUGCCGAGUCCGAGGUCGCUCUCCGCCGGCAGCUGGACGAGGUGGAGCGAUGCCGGCUCGACCUGGUGGCGAGUGGCGUCUGUGCGGGCGAGGAGGAGGCCUGGGAGCUGGUGCGGCAUCACCUGCUGCCGCUGGUGGGGGAGCGCCAGAGGGGCUACGAGGAGGAGCUCGCCUCCGUGGAGGCAGCGCUGGAGCGGCAGGCGCGCCGCGCGGCGUCACGGAGCCGCCAGCUCGCUGCCUUCGCCCGCGGGGCGGCGCGGCUCUGGGAGCGCCACGUGGAGCAGCUGGCGCGGCGGGACGCGCGGCUAAGGGACAGGAUGGAAGCGUCGCGCAGGGAGCACGACAUGGCCAACCAGGCAAAGGAGGCGAGUCUGGACCUGCUGAUGGAUCAGCUGAGACAGGAGAGCUCUGAGCAGGCGUUGGAGGCCAGUCUGCAGAGAGCCCUCGGCAAGCUGGACUCCAUCAAGUCGGGGUACGAGGAGUUCCAUGGCCAGCAGGUGGCAAUAGUGGACGGCUACCCGGCGUCCGUGGCCAAAGAGGUGGAAUCGUAUGCCCACGCUGUGCAGGAGUACUUCAAGAGUCGGCAGUGGCGUGGUGUCGUCACAGCGACAGACGCUACGCCCGAGUCCGGAUCGCCGCCAGACCGCGACAAGGGCUCGAGUCUGGGACGCCGAGACCCUUGGCACGACGACAACGACGACGUCUUCCUGACGGAGACGCGAGAGCGGCAGCAGCACGAGGAGGUGGACGUGGAGGAGGUGGACGCGGAGGAGGUGGAGGGUCUGGAGGUCGCCAAGAAGCUGCCCUGCUACCUGGAGCACACGGAGCUGCGGGAAGAGCUGCUCGGGGUCGUCACGGAGAUGCUGGGCUGGGAGUUUGGCGAGCACGCGAUCCUGUGGCGCUCCUCCGCGGAGGAGCGAGCGCGCGCCGUCGCCGAGGCGCAGAAGGAAGAGCUGCAGGCGGAGCUGCAGCUGCGGCUGCAUCUGCACGGGCCCCGAGCCUCCCGCGUGCGGCGCGACGUGAAGCAGGCGCGCGCCGCGGAGCUGAGGGGGCACGGGGAGGAGAUGGAGCGGCACUGCGCGUCGGUGGGGCGAGCGCUGGAUGGUCUGCGCGAUGGCGUGGCCCUGCUCGACGCUCGGCAUGACGAGCUGGCGCGCCAGUUCCAGGCCAGGGUCAACGGCCACGACGAAGGAUUCGCGCGCGCCAGCAAACCCGACAGGCUGCAGAAGCUGAACGAGGCCCUGAAGGGAGACACGGAGGCGCACACGGAGGCCGUGCGCUCCUCCCUGCGCAAGUUUCGCAAGCAGCUCGAGGACACGGUGGCUCAACUGCGCGGAUCCAACGCCAAGUUCAUGCGCUCCUUCAAGUUGUUUUCGGAGGGUGGCAACUUCUCCCCGGAGGAGAUCGAGGCGUUCCGCAAGCGGCUGGAGAAGCUGUCGAGGCAAAUCGACGCGGCCGAGGGGCAGAGCGCAGCAAACCUGGAGGGCCUCGGCUCCAAGCGCAUGGAGCAGACCGCCGCGAUUGUGGGGAAAUUUAAGGUCAAGUUCAGGGUCAUGAUGUCCGACCUGGUGAUCCUGGAGAAGAUUCAACGCGGUCUCACCGGCGCGCAAGUCAGAAUCAAAACCGAGGUUGCAGCCAGCAACGCUCAGUCGCAUCGGAUCUUCGGGCUCCUUAAGCAGCUGCGGGAACGGACUGACGCGUGCUCCUCACCGCACGUCGACAAAGAGGCGAGUGUUCCAAACGGCACAGCAGGUGUCAGUGGGUGUCAGUGGGUGUCAUGGGUCCCAGCGGGUCCCAGCAAGUGUCAGUGGGUUCCAGCGGAUCCCAGCGGAUCCCAGCGGGUGUCAGUGGGUGUCAGUGGGUCCCAGCGGAUUCCAGAGGAUCCCAGCGGGUGCCAGUGGGUGUCAGUGGGUCCCAGCGGAUUCCAGAGGAUCCCAGAGGGCCCCAGCGCGUCCAGCGGGCUCCAGCCAGCCACGCUCAGGAGUUCUUCCCGCGAAUCCGACGCCGAGAUCCGAGGCGCAACUGAGACAUCAACUCCCGCGUCUUUGAGAACAGCCGAGUGGCGCAAGGUCCAGUCUGGCCUUAGGCUCGCAGCACCGCUGGGGGCCAAGGGCUGUUAG